AUGGGCCCCUGGUUUGCUCUCUUCGAGGCCUGGGCGGUCGCACGUCUGAUUCGGUCGCCCGCCUUCAACCGAGCCGUGCAAAAGGCAUAUCGCAAGAUCAACAGGCUGCCAGACUUUGAGCAAAAGAAUGGUGGCGGGAGAACAGGCCCCUCGUCCUUUGACCAUUUCAAAGACGAAGUAAAGAAUCAGUUCCGUGAGCUCACUUGGCAGAAACGCCCUCCCAAGUGA